AUGGGAUGCAUCCACCACUCAGGGGCCUGUGGGAGAUGUCUCUUGAAAGAACUGGAGAACCUUGAGGACCACACUCUCCUGCUGGAAAAGUGCCUGAGGAAGCUCCCUGGGGAGGGCAGCUCCCACCACCUUCCACGCGAAGAACGCCCAGGGCCAGUGUACAAACGAGCACCUGCUAGGAACCACCAGCCAUGUGGGGGGUGUGGGAAAGCUUCUCCUACCAGCUUGUCCCCACGGGCUCCCCCGGCUCCUCUGGCCUCCACGCUGUCAUCAGUCCCGAAGGCUUCUGUAGGGUGCUUUGAGUCUCUGUCAUCCCUGAGCUCCUCCAAGCCACCAGAGCUUUUGUGUCCCCUGAAGCAUCCUUCACACCGGCCACCUGCGAGCACCCUAUCACCAAACCCAGAAUGAAUUCUCCCCUCCCUGGCUUUUGUGUUCUGUUCAGGUCUUUGAUGGAUUGUAGGGUCCACCCACACUGGGGAAGGCCAUCUGCUUUGCAGAGUCCACUGGUUCAUGUGUUAAUCUCACCUAGAAC